GGACGCGUGAAGUUGCACAUUCUUUGACGCAUGCCCAAGCGACCCAGAACCAAAUCAGUCCCCACCGCACCGGCCCUCCCUGAAAGCCUGAAGCCCUGCAUCUCCUUCCCCCACCACCGGACCGGAGCUCAGCGGACGGCGGCCAGUGGCGGCGUGCCCUGCUUCUCCCGCAAGACUGGGAAGUCAGCCUCCCCUCAGGCCGCAGCCCCCGCCCCCCGCCCCGCACCCGUGCUCCACCGAGUCCCUCGCCUAGGGUUUUCACCCAUUGCUCCAAUUCGAGAUGGACAAGAAGAGGCUCAGAAAGAGAAGGUUGGUGCUUAUAAGAGCCGCUGCAUCGUUGGCUUCAUCUAUGGUGAUGCAGUAUGUCCGGUCUAGACUACGGAAAAAGGGGGAAAAGAUGAAAGAGGGUAUUGCCUAUGGCCCAAUCGUUGACAG